UCUUGUUGCAUUUCCUUGAUUUGUGCAAAGUUUUAUUUAUUUUUUAAUUAAACGACGAUGAGUAAAGUGAGUUAAUUGCCGGCAAUAUAGAAAAAUGCUGCCCACUGACAUUUGUCGCACUUGUGCGCUGCAAAAUGGCCAUUUGCUGCCCUUGUCCACCUGCUUGGACGGAGACGCCUCCAAAAGUUACUAUGAUGUGCUCCAGGAACUCACGCAAAUCGAUGCCCAGCUGCAGAGCUCGGAUGAUGGCCUGCCGCAGCACCUGUGCCCCGAUUGCUGGACGAGAUUGGAGAGUGCCCACGCGUUCGUGGAGCAGGCCAAACGGGUCAAUGUAGAGCUGUUGGCUCGCUUUAGGCAGUGUCUGGAUGAAAUUCCCAUCGACAUUCCCGAGGAGCAGAACAUAAAGACCGAGGUGGAUCUCGAGGACGAGGGCAACAAGUGCGAGGUGGCUGUGGACUCGGCGGCUAUGGACAUCAAAUGGCAGCCGGAAAGUGCCAGCGAGGAUGAUAUCCUUGACGCAGCGGAGAGUGAUGAAGAUGAGGUGGACAAGAAGACGUAUCAUCUGCGGCGAAGUUCGCGAAAAGUCAAGCUGGCAGUGGAGAGCGAAGAUGAGGAUGUUAAACCAUCUGAACCCGAAGCAACCCCCGUCAAGCGGCGUAGAGGACGUCCACCAGGCCCAUCCAAGAACCAGUCGAUGACCAGCGAUGGCCGCCACGCCUGUGAGGUGUGUGGGAAGACCUUUUCGUGGUACCGCGACAUGCAGCGCCAUGCCAAGAUCCACUUCGAGCAGGCCUCGUUCGUGUGUGAAACUUGUGGCAAGGGUUUUCUGCGGAAGGACAAGUAUAUGUUUCACCUACGCUGUCACAAGAAGCGCGAGGCCAAAUGGAGGGCUCUCCAGUCGGGAAAAGAAUGGCGCUUCGCAGAGCGACUUUAUAGUUCCGGCAAGUUGAAGAAAAUCGAAUGCAAAUUGUGUGGUUUGAGUUGCCAUCGAAUGGAGGAGCUUCGACUUCACAUCAAGACUCAUGUGGACGUGAAGAGCUUAGCCCAUUUGAGAAAAGAUAGCGAUGUAGUCAGAGAGCAUUUUCCCGGAUUUCCUUGCGACCUUGACACUAUCAAGCAGCAGAUCUGCGCUGAAAUAGGCGAAGGGCAUUUGGAGAAGUUUGCCUGUAUUGUAAAUUUCCAUGGCUAUGAGUUGGCCCUCAGUGAUUCCGAUGAAGAGCCUGAAAGCAAAGAUACAAAAUAUCAUUGCUUUGUGUGCAAUCUGUUCUUCGCUCGCAAACAUCGCUUGAUUAGGCACACGCUGGAGGAACACUCUGAAUCCGCUUCAUCGCUUCCCUGGCAGCGCUGCAGUUUCUGCAAGGUGGGUUUCCUCUGCCUAACACUCUACAACGAACACCUAAGCACCCAAUGCCAAAGCAAGUUAAAGCGAUAUCGCUGCCGUAAAUGUCCCGGGAAGUUUAUGUGGCCGGAAAACCUGCAAAACCACGCGUGCUCAAAUCGGCUCGAGGACAAGAUUGUAUCCAAGAAGAUUAUGUGCUCAUUGUGUGAUGCUGCGCUACCCAGUUUGCCGCAACUUCGCGGUCACCUAAUCACGCACCAACACGAUUUAAAUGGCAUUAGUCCGGAAUUCAAUUCCUCCUUCUUUCUCGCCUUUUAUCCUAAUGGAUUGGACUGCACUACCUCAGAUCUGGCCGCCCGUAUAGCUGAGGAUUUCGAAGUCCAGGACUUUGAUCGCUAUUACAACGUCUGCACUGAAAGUGGUCAAGAGCUGGAUCUUUUUGAUUCCGAAACAGAGCUGAGCGAAGAGGAAAACAAGACAUUCACGUGUCUCUUGUGCGGAGAGGUUGCGAGUACACUCACAGUUUUGAUGCAGCACCAAAAGACCGUGCAUGCCGAUGGGUUCACCGAUCUUCCCUGUCCCUGCGAGAAUUGUGAAGCUCGAUUCGUCAGCAAAGCCCUUCUGCAACAACACCGCCGUCACCGUUGCGCCAAGAAACACUCCCGAUAUCACUGCCAGAGUUGCAGUAUCCGAUUCGUUUGGCAGAAUAACUAUGAGAGACAUCUGAAGACCCAUCAUAGCAAAAAGGAAGAUGAUGAACAAGGGACCACCAAGUUGCAGUGCAGCGAAUGCGAAAAGGUAUUUAACUGGCACAAAGAUCUCAAUCGUCACAAGAGACUGCAUCAACCUCAGUCGGCAGCCCAGUUUGACUGUCCACACUGCCACCGCAGGUUCCACCGAAAGGAUGGCCUGAAGUCUCACCUUAAAGUACAUGCGGGAGAACAAUCUGAAGUUAAGGAGCACCAUAUAGUUCCAAGCGUUGACCAAGGCCUGGCUCUCACCCGACUUAGUCGUCCCCAUGGUUGCAAGCAGAUUCAGUGCAUGAUCUGCCUCUCAAUUCACUCAAAGAUAACUGAUCUGAGGACUCAUAUGAGAUCUCAUCAAUAUGGAUUAAGUUUUUCAGAAGAUAGAGAUAUUCCUAGUGCCUCGAGGGCUUUCUAUCCCGAACUGGAAACACCUUUAGAUAGAAUCGAACUUGCUGAACGGAUUAUGGCCGAUGUACAAAAGGAACUCGAGUUGGAUCGAUUUAUUUCUAUCACAAAUGAGGCUGGUCUAGAACUGAAUAUCGACAGCAGCGAGACUGACACUGAGUCUGAGCAGGAGGAGCAUCAAACAGCGCAAAGAUAUUCUUGCAAUCUGUGUAGCACGGCUGUGAGAAGAAAGCAUCAGUUGUAUGCUCAUCAGCUAGCGGAGCACAAGUGGGAGGACGCAUUCCUUGCAUGCACCCUUUGCCAAGCUAGAUUUGUUAACGAAUCCUUGCUAGAUCGACACUCCAGAACUCUCUGUCACAAUGCGCAGAAGAUAUUUCAGUGUCGCAAGUGCCCGCUUCGUUUUCGCUGGAAAGAUAACCUUAAGCUUCACAUAAGCCUUUACCAUCAGCAUGUAGAAAUUCCAGUCCCAGAUGAUGCUUCUCAAGCCGAAGGUGACCUGCAGUGUGGAAAGUGCCCGCGUAGCUUUAAGAUGCAGAAGGAUCUCACACGUCACACCCUCAUGCACGGCCAGGAAUCGAACAUCUUCCGGUGCCGUUGGUGUGCACGCCGCUUCUAUCGCAGGGCCAAUCUCCUUCAGCAUAUCGCUCGUCAUGGAAUAAGUGUAAGUCAGCUGCCCUAUGCAGAGGCAAUUCUGGAUUCCUACAUGAAUCCUGGAGGUCGGAAAAAAGUGGAGUGCCGAGUGUGCAGUGUAAGCUUUCCCACCAUUGCUGCUCUGCGCUUGCAUUUGGAAACCAUGCCCGCAGGUAGUCACCACGACAUAUCCUCACUUCAAAACUACUCGAUUACCAACCAGCUGGGUUUCGAGAUGGAUUUGGAGGAUUCGGAGACUGAUGAUGAUGAAGCUAGGACACACUCUAAACCCCCUAGCGCCCCCGAUUUUUACACCUGCGGAAUGUGUCAACUGAAGUGCUCUCGGAAAUUCGAGCUCUACCAACACCAGCAGGCCAUGCACCGCAUGGAGAAGAUCACCGAUGGUUGUGAUAGAUGUAUUUUCAAGAGCGUCUGCCCCGAAAUCAUUUCUCACCACAAAAAGACGCAGUGUGAGAACCGGGAAAAGCAGUUCGUAUGCACUCGCUGUGGUUACAAGUUCAUGUGGGAAUGUAACUUGUUGCAUCACAUGCAGCUGCAGCAUGAAAGGCUCGAGGAUCAAGAGUUAGAUGAGUCUAAGGAGACAUCAGGUGAAGAACCAAAGCCCGAGAGCCAGGUAUUUCAGUGUGGUCUUUGUACAAGGAAAUACAACCGCAAGGAUCGACUGACAGCUCACUUGAAGAAGUUCCAUGGACCCGAUGGCAAGGAUUCUAAUAAAGUACAGCUCUCGAAUAGACCCACAUCUCCUAAGGAACCAAAAAGGUUCCUGUGUGCCUUCUGUGGCAAGGCGGUCAGCUCCUCUUCAAACCUCAUCAUUCACAUGCGCCGUCAUACUGGGGAGAAGCCCUUCAAGUGUGAUUAUUGCACAAUGGCUUUCCCCCGUUCCUCUGACCUCCAGUGCCAUCGGCGGACGCACACCGGCGAACGACCACAUGUGUGCACAGUUUGCCAGAAGGGAUUCGCCCGAUCGUACAAACUGCAACAGCACAUGCGAAUCCACAGCGGGGAGCGGCCCUACAAGUGCACAUAUUGCGAGAAGAGCUUCACGCAGUCCAACGACCUGACCCUCCACAUUCGCAGGCACACAGGCGAGCGGCCCUACCAGUGCGGAGUUUGUGGUGAGCGUUUUAUCCAGGGAACUGCCCUGAAGAACCAUCGGAUGCAGCAGAACCACAACGAGGAGGGAUUCGAAUCAGUCGAAUCUACGAGGCGCACGGUUCUGGAGCAGUUUAUUGCAUAGGAUCAGGAAUAAGAAGAAUCAUCAGUACUGUAAAGCUAAGUUUUCUUCAAAGAAUUCUAAUUGACAGUAACCUUUUUUUAAGUUAACAUUACAAUUAUAUACAUUCCCUUAAUUUGUGUCCUUAAAGAGUUAAGUCCUCUUUGAAUAAAAAUGCUCAUAAAAAUAUAAAA